AUGAGUUCUGACUAUUCUCAACAAUAUGAGGACUUUAUAGCGGCGCUAGAAAGGCUCUUCCACAUAAAAUCUAAUGAGCCCAUCGAAGAUAUGUGUAAUACAAUUACAAAUACUUUGAUUUCGAAAUAUCAUCUUUCCAUCAAGCAUAUUACAAAGUUAAUUCGUGAAGCAAUUAGAUAUAAUUAUGCAUCUGGUGCAAAUUACUUCAAAAUACUCAAACAUAUCGGCGCCGAUUUCUCAUUUUGGGAUUUCGAAUUUGAAAAGGAAGAUUCGAUCGAAUAUAUAGUUAUGCAUGAUCAAAUUGAUAAGUUCAAGGAAUACACAGUUCAGCAUUCAAUAUCUGAUGAUGAAGAUUUUCUCAAAGUUCCUAAUUUCGAUAUUGAUGCUUUCGUACAAGGUAUUAAUGUAAAGUUAACACUAAUCGAAGCUUGUGCUUACUUUGGAUCAGUUAACAUAUUUUAUUUCUUAAUUUCAAAUGAUAUUAGUAAAAUAACUGAAAACUGUCUUAACUACGCAGUAAUUGGAGGAAAUCAAGACAUCAUCAACAAAUGCUUGAAAGAAAAUAAAAUGGACAUUAAUUGUCUCAGGAGUAUUAUAAGAACACAAUCAUAA